UAAUUUAUUUAAAAUCGCAAGCAAAAUAUUUUGUAGGGAUUCCUACAAAAAUUUUUUUUUUUUAAUAAAUUAUCAAAGCGAAUAGUGACUUAUCACACAGCAUUGACUAUGACUCAACUUUUACACGCUACUUUAGCGUUCUUAUCGCUUGCUCAAUUUAAUGCCAUUUGCUUUAUAAAAAGUUCUUUAAAAUAGAGCUCAAUUUGAUUAUUCAAAGCAUUGUUAAGCUGACGUAGGUUCAUGAAAAAUGUUUGGCAGCCUCUUCUCAAGUCGCUACAACAGCAAAAUGGAAAUAAUCUAUGCACAAUAUGAAGAGACACGUUCAAGGAUUCCGAUCUUGCCGUUCUAUGCACGACCCAAAGAACCCUUUAGGAUCAAGCAUCCCAAGCAAAUUGGCAAAGCGAAGAAAUAUCGACCCGCAGACUACGAUUACGAUGAGUGGAUUGCCGGCAAUUUCGUGCCCAUUGUGGUGCGUCGAGGCGUCGAGCUGUGGAGCUGCCGCCAAUUAAUGGAACUGGCCCCCAUCCAAGGCAUCGAUGUCUGCAGUUGGCGUUCGUGGCCGCGUGAAGAUGACGAAGCGGCGAAGGAGAAGGCGAAAGAGGCGCUGAGACGUCGCUCGAUGCGUCUCACAGAUAAACCAAAUUUAAAGCUGAAGGAUAUUGGCAACUCAAGGGCUGCAAUCAAAUGGCAACAGCGGCUGCCAACACUUGAGACUGGAACUAAGCGUGGCAGCACAGCUGCGUCGGUCCUGGAGAUGACCUUUAUCGAUGGCUGCCGUCGUGACUCCGAGCUGCAGUGCAACAUGUGUGGCAGCAAUUUCGGCAUGUCCAGCGACUUGCAACUGCAUUCGCUCGACGAGUGUCGCAGGCACUUGCUUGCCAUGCUCUCUCCCUGAGCUCAACUAUCAAAAUAAAAAAAAGAAAUUUAAGAGAGAGAUAUUCAGUUAAUCAAAUAUAAUUUGCCUUGAAUACAGAACUAGAUUUGCUUUACUUUACACACCAUGCAAUUUGUCUUGCUGCAUUAUUGAUUAUUUGUACUACCAAUUUGACUAGAUAGGCGAAGUAAAUGUUGGUUCAAAUUAAAGCUAU